UCGCCAACGCGGUCGUUGUAGUAUAGUGGUGAGUAUUCCCGCCUGUCACGCGGGCGACCCGGGUUCGAUCCCCGGCAGCGGCGUUUUUAUCUUUUUUUCUUAUUACUUUUUAAAAUUCAAAGCGAACCGUUGAUUCGGAACCCGACUGGCCGACUCACCCGUUUAUCAACCCAGCUCCUUUUUCCCUCCCCCAGCAAAUCAACUGAGCUCUUAAUCUUAAACCCCCCAAAAAACCCCGCCAUCGUUUUUACAUUCCGCUCCUCUUCGCUGCCUCUUCAGCUCUUCUCUUUCAGUUCGACGCCGUCUUUACUUCUUCCCUUGCCGUUAUUUAGGGUUUCAGCGCAAUUUUACCAGAAAUGCCAUUUUUUGCAGGCUAUUAAAAUGUUAGUAUUUUCUUCAAAUUGAUUUCUGUGAUUCUGAAGAAACUAGCCAAACAUUACAGAAAAAAUCUAGAGUUUUUAGCGAUGGAAACCGAUGAAACGCCACGUGUGCUUCCUUUUCAUCUCCAAUUCGACAAACCUGUUGCCUUUCAGAUUAAAAUUGCAGAAUGAAAUCGACAGAAAGAUUUACUGGCUUUGGUUGUUGAGGACUCCAAGAUUUUGCUGCACCGAUUCAAUUGGCAAAGACUCUGGACAAUUUCUCCUGAAAGGUGCAUUACAUCUUUAUGUUGGCGUCCUGACGGUCAAGCAGUAGCGGUUGGGCUCGAGGAUGGCACAAUUUCGUUGCAUGAUGUCGAAGAUGAGUCUGUUAAUAAUUCAACAUAUGAGGACUGCACUUCUCGUUUCUUUUCCUCCUGCCCCAAGAGUUCCUGGAUGACUGGACUGGUACCUGGAGAGACUGACUUCAUGGAUGAUAGUGAAGAUUCAUUUCAAGAGCUUUCAAAUUCUUCAUACCAACAAUUUAACAUUUUAUGCAGUGGUGACAAGGAUGGAGACAUAUGCUUUAGUGUAUUUGGAAUAUUUCCAAUAGGGAAAAUAAACAUAAACGAGUUGUCUGUUCCUACUCCCUUUGCAAAUGAGCAAGCUACUUGCAAACUUCUUCAUGCUUCAAUUUCCAAGUUUGCUUUGUCAAAAGACCUUUGUCAUCUGAUAGUAAUAUGUUCUGGAGAACUUAAUCAAGAUGAGGUUAAAUUAGCAGAGAGACAGCUGGGUAUACAUGAUAUGCAUGGCUUGCAUUGCUUACUGUUCGAUACUUCCCUCCUUUGGAAGAGGAAAAAUGAACUCCAUCAAGUAGCCCAACAAGCUUGUAACAUUGUGGAUUUAAUUGAAGUUGUUAUUUCAUCAUUAUCAUUAAUGUGCAAGCAGUGGUCAGAUGCCAUGCACACUUUUCAUGAGAAGUUUGAUUCUCUAUCUAGUUUGAUAACUGACCAUGGUAACUUCUGGUUAGAAUACGAACAAUCGUAUUUUCCAUUUCUGCCACAUAUCCGUUUAUUGAUUUCUAUCUGUAGAAAUCUGAUUCUCCUAAAUUACAAGAGUGAGAACUCUUCUUCUGCAGAGGUAUGGCAUGAGGAAAGUCACAAAAAGGAAUUGCGCUCAGGAAGGGUUAUUGACAGUGUUAGGAUGUGUGUAGGGCUCUACCUUCUUAAAGAUGAUGCACUUGGGAGACCACAAAACGCUUGGUUGGACUCGUCUCCCCAAGAGGAGUUUCUGAGUGGUACUCAAACUAGUCCACCAGUUCAUCACUUUCUAGUUAACUCUCUGCGUGAAUUGGUAAACAUUGCAUUAUGUAAUCAUUUCUUUUUCUUCUUUUUUUUUUUUUUCCCUGGAGUGAAGCAUGUGUCAAAGGUCGUUGGUGGUGCUGGAAAAGAGCUUCAGCAUGUUGUCCUUGAUCAUAUUCAGCCUGCUGCAGAAAUUAUUGGAUUCAGGAUGGGAGAACUAAGAGGUCUUUCAAGAUGGUGCACUCGUUUUCAGGGUAUUGGCCUGGAUGAGACUCUUAUCAAUAAUGCAACAGAAAAUUUUGUAAUGUUACUAGCACAAAUUGAGCAAUUUAUGAGGGUGCUUUCCUUUGUGGUACAGCAGUUCUCAAACUUCUUUAAUUGGCUGCUAAAAUGUAUAAAGCUAGUUAUGCAAGAGCCAAGUGAUCAGCUUCUUCCCUUUAACAGCGAACUUCUUGUUAUAUUCUUAAAGUUUUUAUAUGAUCAAGAUCCUGUUAAGCCCCUGCUGGAGCCAUCUGAAGUUGAUAUUGAAACUGAUAUCUUCUGCCCAGGUUAAUGGUUAGGGUCAUUAUCCCCUUAAUGUUUUCCAAGGUGUACCACAGAGGAAAAGCAGAGAGCGACGAAGAGACGGAGCCAAAGAGAUUCAUAGAAAAUGAGAGGACAUGAAAGGGUGGCCUGAAAUCUCCGGUAGGGGACCAGAUGAGCUUAUCGUGUUCUUAACUAUGUUUGGAUCUACUCUCUUCAAUGCACGCUGUCCAUAUUCCCUU